AUGGUUGAUUACAUAGUCGAUGGGAAUAUUGCAGUCCUCGAAAUCAAUAAUCCACCUGUGAAUGCACUCAGCAUUCAUGUUCGAGAGGGUCUCCUCACUGGAAUUCAGAAAGCUAACCAGGAUGGCAGUGUGCAAGCCAUUGUUAUUAUUGGUAAAGGGAGUACCUUUCCCUCUGGCGCUGAUAUUCGAGAAUUUGGGAAACCACCGAAAGAACCAUGGUUGACGGCUGUAGGAGAGGCCAUUGAAGCCAGUGAAAAACCAGUUAUAAGUGCCUUGCAUGGGACAGCUCUUGGAGGUGGUCUAGAGGUGGCUUUGUUUUCCCAUUACAGGAUCGCAGAUGAGAGGUCCAGAGUUGGCUUUCCAGAAGUCAAGCUUGGUCUUCUGCCCGGUGCACAGGGCACCAUUCGUCUUCCUCGACUGACAGGAUUAGCAGUUGCUAUGAGAAUUAUUACUUCUGGGGACCACAUUAAUGCACCUGAGGCGCUGAAAUAUGGCAUCCUCGAUAAACUCAUCAGUGGAAAUCUCUUGCAAGAAGCUAAAACAUUUGCCAAGAGUGUCAUUGGCAAACCUCUGGAUAAUCGAAGGCUCAGCAAAAUUGCAGUAAGAGAUGCUGCCACAGUAGAUAAACACUUUGAUGAGGCCCUUGCAGAAGUGAAGAGAAAGUACAAAGGAAUGAUUGCACCAGUGAACUGCUUAAAGUCUAUAAGAGGUUCUGCUAAGUUACCUUUCGUAGAAGCUGCAAGAUUAGAAGCUGCUCUGUUUAGAGAGCUUUUGACCAGUGCCCAGUCUGCUGCGUUGAGAUAUUCAUUCUUUGCUGACCGUUCAGCUCCACGGUGGAAGCUUCCGAGUGGUGCAAGUAUUGAGAACACCAAACCUGACAUUAUCAAAUCUGUGGCUGUCAUUGGUGCUGGAACCAUGGGGUCUGCCAUUGCUAUUUGCUUCAUUCGAGUUGGCAUUCCGGUUUUGUUGGUGGAGCAGAAUGACAAAUUGCUGCAGAAUGCCCUGAAAAACAUUGGCCAAAUCUUGCAAGGUAGUGUCAAACUGAAUCGCAUAACAGCUGAUCAGAGAAAACAGAGUCUUCAGAUUCUGCGAGGAGAAACAAGUCUUGAUAUAGUCUCAGAUGUAGAUUUGGUCGUUGAGGCUGUGUUUGAAAACUUGAAGCUAAAGCAGGAAAUAUUUGCCAGGCUGGACAAAAUCUGUAAGCCAUCUGCACUGCUGUGUUCAAAUACAUCAACUUUAGACAUAGACAAGAUUGCAGUUGCUACUAAUAGACCUGGCAAAGUUGCUGGCAUGCAUUUUUUUGCCCCUGCUCACAUCAUGAAACUUCUAGAAAAUGUGUAUGGUACUCACACCUCUCCAUCUACUGUGGCUACAAUCAUGGAUAUUGGGAAGAGAAUUGGAAAGGUUUCCGUUCUUGUCAGGACAUGUGAUGGGUUUGUAGCUAACAGAAUGAACAGAAUGGUUGGAAAUGAAGCUGUUUUCAUGCUGGAAGAAGGUGCAUUGCCGCAAGAUGUGGAUAGAGUUCUGGAAGACUUUGGAAUGGCUAUGGGUCCCUUCAGAGUAACAGAUUUGUCAGGUUCUGAUGUUGGCUGGCGUAUUAGACAAGAGCGUGCCAAGGAACAAGGGAUUCAGCUAACCUACGAAACCCGCUUUGUUAAUGGAGAGCGCUAUUCUUCUCUCCCAGAUCGUUUGUAUGAAUUGGGAAGAUAUGGACAGAAAACAGGGAAAGGCUGGUACAGAUAUGAGAAACCAUUUGCUCGAACAGCAUAUCCUGAUCCUGAGAUCACCGAUGUUAUUAACAGUCACUGUAGAAGUCUUGGCAUCGAGAGACGUGUAAUCCCACCACAGGAAAUUAUCGAGAGGUGUUUAUUUGCUGCCAUCAAUGAAGGUUUCAAAGUUUUAGAAGAAGGUGUUGCAGAAAAGCCUGAGAACAUAGAUAUCAUCUGGCAAUACGGCCUUGGAUUUCCAAGAUACAGAGGGGGACCAAUGUUUUAUGCUAGCCAAGUUGGACUGAAGACAAUUUAUGAGCGAGUUUGCUAUUACUAUGAUGCUUUUCCUCAUUCCAGUUACUGGGCACCAAGUGAUCUGCUAAGAAAACUGGCAAGUCAUAGCACAGAAGUUCCAAUAGAUCAGUGGACAAGCAAAGAAAGAAGCAGACUGUAG